AUGAGCAUGGAUUCAUCAACCAUGGAAACAACCCCAACCACAAACACAUCAACCUCGCCUACACCCACAACCACAACCACUACAACUGCAACAACAACAGCAGCAGCAACAAAAGUUGAUACGGUUGAUAUCGAUCAGGAGAACAAUGACGAAAGCAUUGUCAGUACCAAAGAGAACAGUAAUCCAGAGGAUGUGGAUGCCUCACCACAACACAGUCCAACAUCU